AUGCAGGGGAUGAAGCCAUGGGAGCUGGGCGGCUCCAGCUGUUGGGAGGCUGGCCUGCAUCCCGUGCUUUGCUGUUUGGGCGCCCUUUGGGAGGUGCCACAGGAGAAAAUUGAUUUGUGCUGGACAGAUGGGCGGAGCUUUGAAAGCUGUUGCCUCACGGAACGGAUGCUGCACACAAUGGAGAUUCGCAGUUGGAAGUACGAGUUACCCACUUGUGGAUGCCAUGUGAGCGACCUCCGUAUGAAGCAUGCUUUUUGCCAGCUACAAGAUAUGUUAAAGCCAUUAGACCACCCGCAUUGCCUGGCGCAACUCGGCGUACAUCCUGGAUCUUACCACAGAAUUUGCGCGUAA